UAUUGAGUAAAAAUAGCCUACCUCGCUUCAGGCGUGUGUUUCCUUGGAGGAAAAAGCAGUGAAGUUUAAAAUCCCCUCAGUGGCCAUAAAAUCGAUAUAUCGACCCAGAGACGCUAGAGACCCCACAUCAAACAAAGAAACACACUCCUGAAGCGAGUUAAGACUAGUUUUAUUCAAUGCUCCUCCAUGUUUUUCACCCUUACAAACCGCAUCGGAACUUGGGCUACCUGUGGUAGGACUGAGUCAGUUGGGUGGCAAAUUGUGUUCAGCGGAUGUGCAAAAAAUGACAACAGCCCGAAAAUGGCGGCCAGUGGAGGGAAGGACAUUUUGUGCGCUUCCCCUCCCGGAAUUUCAAGAGAUAAAAUCCUUUCAGAUUUCCCAUUGCACUGGCACGUCUGGCAUAAAGACUCUUCCUCGCUCGAAGAGGAACUUGCAUUGAACAAGCACGAUAAAGAGCUUUUGGAUCCUCGCGGGCGGACACCACUUCAUCUGGCGGUUUCUUUGGGUUAUGUGGAUUGUGUAAAGUGUCUUCUUCGCGGUGGCUGUGACGCUAAUGCGAUCAACAAGGACGGCUGGAAUGUAUCACAUGAAGCCAUUAGCACAGGAAACCCUGAAAUAUUGUCACUUGUGCUUCAACAUCGUGACUUUCAAAGGGGAAGUCAAAGGCUUGCUGGAAUUCCUGAACUUUUGGAUGAACUCAAUGCUACUCCGGAUUUUUAUGUUGAAAUGAAGUGGGAGUUUACCAGUUGGGUGCCAUUUAUGUCAAGGAUGUGUCCAAGUGAUACUUAUAAAAUAUACAAAUGUGGUGGAAGUGUACGAGCAGACACCACCCUAAUUGGGUUUGAACAGAAUGACUGGCAGAGAGGAAACAGGAGUUAUGUUUUCAAGGGUGGAGCUGAUGGAGGAGAAUUUUUAGAGAUUGACCAUGAUAAAAAGAGAUACUUUAGGGAGACCCUACGAAUCAGAGAUGAUUUUCGAGACCUGGAGGGUCUGAAACCCUCAGAUGAUGCCAUCAAUGCCAGACUGACAACACCAGCUGUUGCCACUAUGCUUAACACUGAUAAUAUAGCAUUUANAAGGCACAAGACCAUGUGGGGUUGGGGUGGAGACAAGACGGAAGUGGUGAAUGGCUUUGAAUGUAAGGUUUACACUGCUACUGGGGUUGAAGUGCUUACUAAGACAAGAGUGGAACAUCUGAACGCUGAGGAUAAACAGGCAGCGCAAAAUACAAAUGAUUCAUUUGCUGCAAAUGGUCUGCAAACACUGUUGGGUAUUGAGGAGGAGAAUUUGUCAAGUAAUAUGGAGGAUGAACAGACUGGUCCUGUUGCAGACCCCUCAUCUACUAACCCUUACCGAAUGAGUAUAGAGGAAUACUUUAAUCCUUCACCAGAAGCAAAUUCAAGAGAUAUUGGGAAGUUGAAAGAGAUGUCAGUCAAGAAGCAGAAAUUCAAAGCUACAAUUUCAAUGUGUGACAAACACCCGUUGUCUCUUCGGGAACAAGUUCUUCCAAUUAUCAAAUUGCUGGCCAUUAGCAACAGUCACUUUGCCAAGCUGAGGGACUUUAUUGCACUACAUUUACCAGCAGGAUUCCCUGUCAAAAUAGAAAUUCCGCUGUUUCAUGUCCUGAAUGCCAAGGUGACAUUUGGCAAUAUUGGUGGUGGAGAAUCUCCAGUAGCUGGGGUGCAUGCUAUUAAAGCUGAUAUCCAAGAGAUUGAUAAGGAUAGUGAGACUCCUGUAGAGCAAGAGGAGGAGCCAGGCUCCUCUGCUGUGGGGAUAGCUGCUAGGUGUGUCAUAGAGUCAACUUGUUUUGAUGCUCCAGUAGGAUACAGAGAGGUUAAUUUGGAUCAGCCUGUAGCACCUCUCAGAGAUGAAGAAGAUGAGAUGCUGCAACUAGCAAUUCAGCAGAGCCUACUGGAAUAUCAGCAAGACCCAGCACAGAUGAUUACACUACGAGCUUUGAGAGACAGCCAACAGAUGGAAGAGGACGACCUUCAACGUGCUAUAAGGGAGAGCAUGAGGGAAAGUGGCAUUGAAGGGGAAGAAUCCACACAAAGCCCUCCUGAUGAUAGACAAGAAGGAGAUGGAGCUGUUGUCUAUGAUGAAGACUUGCAGUUGGCUAUGGCACUAUCUGAACAGCAACUGGAAGAAGAUGAACGACUAAGAAAACUAGAGGAAGAGGAGCUGGCAAAAGUCAUCCAACUCUCUCUGGCAGAAAAUUAGAAUUUAUAAUAAUUAGAAAUUCUUUCAGCCAGAUACAGGUCAACUUCCAAACUCUCCUCAGGGCUUGUAGAACAUUUAUUUUUGUUAGUAGAAUUUGGUUUUGGUCAUUACGUUCAAGGUGAUCAGAGCUUCUUUUCUCAAUUUUGUUUACCUGAAUUUGUUACAAAAGGUAAGGAGAAAAUAAGAAAUGAUGUGAGAUUUAUGUAACUGGGCUGGCUACUUUGGUUUUGGUCGUAUGGUUUUAUAUUUUUUUGCCUCAGUUGCACUGUUAUAGGAAUCACACUGUAACAGCUUAAAUAAAUGAAUAUGAUGUAGUUAUAUCAAAUACCAGAGACCGUGUUUUACCACAUUACCAAGUACUGAGAAGAGAAAAUACAAUGUAGAGCAGAGUAUUGUUAAUGUGUUUGACAAGAUUAGUACAUGCAGUUUGCUUUAGCAGAAAUAACUUGCUGUUGAUGACUUUUAGACUUAGGGUUAGUUUUAGCCUCUGUCGGCUACGAAAAAAUAAUUUUAUUUAAUCUGUAAUGACAUUUAUUCAUUUUAGUCAUUUUUAAAAAACAAAAUUGAUAUAUUAUUGGUUGUAAAAGUGUUGGUCAGGAAUAUACGAGCUGUGUACCAUAGGACACCCAAAUGUAAAGAGUGGCAACCACAGGAAAUCCAAGCACAAAGAACAGGAAUGAAAGUUGAAACUUAAUAAUGAACUUGCUGAACAAACGGUGCAUCAAUCUCAGCAAUACAAAAAUUAUUUUAGAUACAAACUACAGGCUUUCUUGAUGUACACACUGGCAAAACAUUGUUUUAAAAGUUUUAGAAGCCAAAAGCUUUCAGAUUUUAUUAGGAAUACUUCUACAUUGUGAGGUAGUUAUAACAGGUAGGUGGCGUUGAACUGGCAGUUUUUGUAACUGUGUUCCUCUUGCAAUCUCGCUCCCAGAGCCCACAUGUCUUUUGGUCAGCACCAGCCAAAAGACACAUGGGCUCUGGGAAUGAGAUUGCCAUGUUUUAAACCAAGGCACACAUGCACCAUGAAACUGGAACCCCUAAAAUCUUGGAGUCUGGAAAUUGGUUAUUCCAGAGCUCUGUGUCUUGGUGCUGACCAAAAGACACGUGGGCUCUGGGAACGAGAUUGCUCCUCUUGUGCCUCCUGGACUUACUAACCUAUUGCACAAAAAUCAUAAGACAUGAAUUUUAUUACGAGUAAAGGUUUUGAAAUGCACAAGCAAGUAAAAUUUAGCAAUAAGAACGAACAGUAUUUUGAAGUCAUCAUGACACCAUUUUCAACUGAAAGAUAGGAAGUAAACUGUCAGAAGAAGCUCUGUGCGUUCUUGUGAAUUGUAUUAUUUUUCUUUAGUUUUGAUGGUUAAGGUUGACAAAGUCUCUGAACAAAGUUACAACAGUUAAGAAUUUGUUGUAUUCUAUGAUAAUAUUAAAUUAUUAAUAUUGUAUUUAGCCAGCUCCUUAGAGAAAUGUUGUACAAAAAUGACACAAGUGAGAUGUUAUGUAUAGUACUCUAUUUAUCAAGCUAGUAAAUAGUUUGUUUGUUUUUGGCAAUUGUUAGUCUUGAUUGUUUUCUUUUACUUUGCUUUAUCAUCUGUUUCCCUCUUAAGAAGAGGGGGCCUUGUAUUACCCACCUAGCUGGUGUGUAUUGAAACUGCCUGGAAGAUACUUCUCUACCUUAAAAUUAUGGUCAUCAGCCUCCAAAUUGCAUAGUCUAGAAUUCUGAAUUAAGUCAUUGAAUAACAGCACAGAUAACCUAAUUUAGUCAAUUUAUUUAAACUCAAACUACAUGUAGAUGUGGAAUGAAGAUCUGGGAGAUAUCAUCGUUGCUUGAACAUUUGUGCAACUUUGUCACUAUUUUUAGAUUUCAGAAUACGUAAUCUGUUUAAUCUACAGUAAUCAUCGUACAUUCUCAUUUGCUUUAGGAAGGGGUGCACUUCAUGAGAUAAAAACUUCGGGGGUGGGGUUGCAUGGAGACUAGAUAACCAGAAGUUAAUAGUUGGUGGCUGGUCUAUCUUUGAGACAUGACUGUUGUAAUACUUUCACACUAUUACAAAUGUAUGUUUGUUGUUAUUUCAGAGGUACAAAAUAAUUUGUUCAUUGCUUAACAUUUGACUUGUACUUAUUUUUAUACAGUUGGGCUCUCUUCUUGUUAAUCCAAUUUGUUGAAAUUGUAAAGCUUACAUGUAUGCGAUAAAAAUAACUUUGAUGUUCUUAAUAUUUAGAAUGUGCCAUGACGUAGCAAGUUACAUAAAUGUUCUUUCUUUUAUUUGAAAUGGACAAUAAAUUGUGACAUUUUUGAUGGU